CACACACACACACUCAUACACAAAUACACACAGGAAAAGCUGGAGACAGUCUCUACAGCACCUCACACAGCAGCCACAGUGCUCCUCGGCGGCCCAAAUGGGAUCCUCCUCUACUUUGAUAGACGCUUAAUUACGCAUGUGAUGGCACGCAGAUGUCUGGGAUGCUCCAGCUCAAAGUUCUUCUGAAUAACUCGCUGACUGACUGAGUGACAGGAUCCGAGGGGAGGCAGACGUUUAAAGAGCGCACUGGCGUAUACAAAAGUGGACUUUAUCUGUGAAUCAAACAACGUUCAGCUAUGGUCCGUCUGACCCUCUGCAUGUUCGUGUUAACAGCCAUCAUGGCCUCCAGUGGAUUGACUCAAGCAAACAUCACAGAGGAGUUUGCUAGCACCCUCUUUCCCAUCUCCACCAUUACUCCCAUUGGGCCCAUCAGCCAAGCAGGAAAUCUCCCAGGCUCUCUGAGCCACUCAGGAGACAAUCGCACCAAACCCUUUCCAAUCUGUAAAGUACCUACAUCCAUUAAAGAUACCUUCAAGGUCAUCAAUACCUUCAUCUCAUGUGUGGUGUUCGUGGUGGGCUUGGUGGGAAAUUCCACAGUGCUGAGGAUUAUCUACCAGCACAAGUGCAUGAGAAAUGGACCUAAUGCUCUGAUUGCAAGCCUAGCACUGGGUGACCUCAUCUACAUCACCAUAGACAUUCCCAUCACCGUCUAUAAGCUUCUGAUGGGAAACUGGCCGAUGGUCGAGACGUCGUUUGGCCACAUCCUGUGUAAACUACUGCCCUUUCUUCAAAAGGCAUCAGUGGGCAUUACGGUGCUGAACUUAUGCGCGCUCAGCGUGGACAGGUACAGGGCUGUUGCCUCGUUUAGUCGUGUUCAGGGAGUCGGCAUUCCUUUACUUACUGCUGUUGAAAUUGUGCUCAUCUGGGUGCUGUCAUUUAUUCUGGCCGUGCCUGAGGCUAUCGGGUUUAACAUCGUGAAUUUCAACUACCGCAACAUGACUUUACAUACCUGUAUGCUCAAACCUCCUGAUUCCAACAGGUUCAUGCAGCUAUACGUAGAUGUAAAGGACUGGUGGCUGUUUGGAUUUUAUUUCUGCAUGCCACUGGCCUGCACAGCAUUUUUCUACACCUGCAUGACCUUCAAGAUGCUUAGCCACAGGAAGGGAGCGCUCCGGAUUGCCCUAAGUGACCACCUCAAACAGAGGCGAGAGGUGGCCAAGGCUAUUUUUUGUCUGGUCCUGAUUUUUGCACUCUGCUGGAUCCCCCUGCAUGUCAGCAGAAUCCUGAAGAAACUUCUGCCCGAUCCGAAUAAGGAAAACCGCUGUGACCUGUACAGCUCUCUAUUGGUGUUGGACUAUCUUGCCAUAAACCUGGUCACCAUCAACUCUUGCAUCAAUCCCAUUAUCCUCUACACUGUCAGCAAGAAGUUCAAGAAUUGCUUCAAGUCUUGCUUGUGUUGUUGGCGCAGCUCAAAGAAUCAAGUCACCAGCAUGGGGCAGAUGAAUGGCACAAGUGUCCAAGGCAAAACCCAAGAACCCAAAAACUUCCAGAUUGAUCGUGUCAUCAGGAAGUACAGCUAUUAAACAAAUAGAUGACCUGUACAGCUUGGUGGUACUGGGAUUCAAACUCACAACUGUCCAAUACAUAGUCCAGAUCCCCUAACCACCGAGUCACCACUUCCCCACUUAUAGAACCACCUCUGUCCUGGAAGAUCAAUCAAAACAAGGUUUCAUCAGAACCAAGAUUUGUUGACAGAAUGGAAGUCGACCAUUUAAAGGACAUUAGUGCUAUUCUGUGCUGGGCACAGAGUGACCAAAGCUGCUUACACACUACACAAUGCGGCUGAUGUAUGUAUGCAAAGUCUUGCUCCCAGAGCAAAAUUCCCAGGAUCUUCCAGGGACGUUUUGCUGUGCGAGAAAGGGCAAGGGUGGAGAAGGGUCAGCAGGAUGCAGCUUAACAUCAACUAUAAAUGAACGCAAUCAGAGGCCCAGGAAUACACUAAAACUAGGCUACACAAAUACAUGCAUAAGCUAUGUGUACACUUUCUCAAGGGACAGGAAACUGGAGGAAGGAAGAGUCGAGUAGUGUGUUGCAAAUCCUACAUAUGGGUGUAAAUAUGGAUUAGACUAAAAAAACUCCCUCUUCCUUCCCAUUGCUGCUUAAAUCCAGCUUUCUAAAUGUAGAUCUAUUCAUAUCCAGAAUGGCUAAUGGAUUUAAAUUUCAUCACUCACAUCCCUCUCUUCAGGCUGUCAAAGCUUUUUGAAUAGUGGGUUUCCUAACCUGGACGUCACUUUUGUUGUACUCGGAUGCACUGCUUUCCGAGGGACAACUGGAGUUUUGUGAAAGCAGACUAAACAGCACCACUAAUGGUCAUGAGAAAAAUACAAGGAAUGAAAUGAAGUAGCAAGAAGCAAGACUGGGAGCGAUUUCUUUCUAACCCAGAUUGUAGGUUCGUGCAGUCACUUCUCUCAGAGCUAAAAGAUCACAGCAGCUUUUCCUGCUAAUUAGCAUUUAGCUCAACGGCUUAGCAUCCAGCGUAACUAGAUAGUUAGCGAUGAAUAAUAAUGGACAUUAACAAUAAUGUGAAAUUUUUAACAGACUUAACACAUCCACUUAUUUCUUGUAUUUAGAAAAUAGAAAAGUACAGAAAAUGGCUUUUUUAUAUAAAUGUCCUUUUUUUGUGUGUGUCUGUUUGUGUUUGUACUAUUGUUUACCAAUUACAAAACUGUAGUGUGCAUUUCAAAUAUAUGUAUACAGAAAUCUUCCCAUCUGCUAUUCUUGUCAUAUUAGAUGGGUGAGACUCAGUGAGUACAGACUGCACACGGUGUUCUUCUUCCUUCUAGCAACCACAAAGAUCAAGCUUUCACGCAUCUGUUUAUAGUUUUAUAAAAACUUCCGGCUCUUUUGAUGAUCAUCCAAGUGUUUUAUUCCAAAGCUAAAACAAACACUUUUUGUCAGGAGUUGUUUAUGUCCUGCUGCUCCGCCAAACACUGCUUUAGUCCUGCAUUUUUUUUUCCAUGAACUGAUAUAUUCUGAUUUAUUCAGAGGGACAACUUGUCUAUGGUAAAGUUUUUUUGUUUUGGAUUUUUUUUCAUUUUUUUUUUUUUUUACAUUUGUCCCUAUUUCUAAAACCCCUGUUCUUUGCAUUUAGAUUGAUUACCAAAUCUUAAUUAGAAAUAUAGCUACAAGAAGCGAUUAAGGGUCCAAGCACUUUCUGGUCCCACCCCUUUGAGACAGAGAAAAACCAGAACCCUUUGGAACUAGAAGCCACUGGGAUUAGUUGCAUUAAUAAAAUAUUAAGAUUAAUAUAUGAAGAUUUUUCCACAUUAUUUAGACAGAGUAUUUUGAAUAUUAAAAAUCUAAGUUUUGUUUGUUGUGGUCUCACAAUUCUUUUACCCAGUGAUGCCAAACAAAGAACAUAUGCCAGUUUGAAUAAUCUGUAUGUGUUAUACAAUCGUAAAAUUUGCUCUUUAUUUACAAUUGAAUUUUAAAUUCAAUUUGCAUUUCAAAGAGAGAUUUCAAUAGACCCAGGAAAUCAGAGAACAUCAAAAAAAGAUUUGUUUUUCAUUGUACUGUAUAUGAUUUGAGGUAUUUCUGUUAUUGUGCUCUGUAUAAACUUGCUUCAGUAUUUUUUAAGUACCACUUCAUAUUAAUCCUUUGGACGAGUUCAGAAAUUCUCUUUUGACACAAGUGAAAUGAGAAUAUGCUCGAUUAAAGCUCGAUUAACCGUUAACAAGAAACAAACAAAAGAAAUGAUUUCUUCUUGAGGACUUCCAUUUGGGUUAGCUUGUCCUGACUAGCCCUUUGGUUAGAAAGACAGAGGAUAAUGACUUUUGACCCUCUUCGGAUUUUAGAAUAAGCUCACAGAGGCUAGCCAACUUCAACAAACCCUCUGUAAUGAAGUUGAAAAAAAAAAUGGGGGAGAGACCAUUCCUAAGUUCAGAGCGAGGGCUUGGGAACGAUGAGGCCUCAGCAUUAAAGUGAAAAACAGCCAAGAGAACUAAAAAUGUCUCUUUAUUUAUAACACUGUGAAACCGUACGCUUACCUAAUACUCAGUGUAUACAUGUUGUAUUAUUUCUAUUGUAUGCUAUUGAAGUAUAUAAGUCUAUAAAUAUAUUCUGAAAUUUAGCAGCUGUUUUAUAUCGAUUUCUUGUUUAAAGUUUAAAUAAACACACGUGUAUGGUUUAGAGCUGCAGUAAAUUGUGUAAAAAAUAGUUUUUGUGUUUUGUUUUUUUAAAUUGUAUUGUACAUGAAGAAUAAUUGCACUUUUCAUUAAAGAUUACUUUGAUUAUGUAGAUUUAGGUCUAUACUGUAAAGCAUUGUACACACAGUAUGGAACGUAUUAGUGUCCUCGGUUUUAGUUUAUCAGCUUUUUAUUUUUGCAUAUAGUCAUGACUAUAGAAUUGAACAAACCAAUUCAAGAACAGCUCGCUUCUGAUUCAUUUCUGAUAUGGAUCGCAUCGGAGCCAACCCUUGACCGACUCAAGGUCAUCUGAGUGCUGCCUAAGGAUUCAUCCCUCGCUGAGACCCAGAAAGGGAUAUUAAUAUAUGACUGACUCAUUAAGUUGUUAUUCAAAUAAUCACUUUGCUUGUUAUUGGCCUGGUAUUUGUCUCAGUGUUUUUAAUAUGUUCAUGUACAGUAUGUAUUUUUAUUUUCAUUAAAAUAAAAAUUUUAUGCAAUUUAAA